AUGACAGAUUAUAAACCAAUAAAUCAAGAGGUACAAGAUCAAUUUGAAGAAUUCAAUAAUAAUCCGCAAGAUUUCAACAAGAAAGUGGUUGAAAAUACCACCAGCCCUUAUUUUCAACAAACACCACCACCACCUUUCCCACCUUUUUCAAUCCCAAUGAAUUACAUAAAUCAAACAGAAGAAUCAGGAUCAUCACAAGCUGGACAAGACUUACAAAAUCAAAAUCAAAGACAACAACCACAAGAAUGUACACCAAGAGGUUUAAAAUUUAUAUUUUGUAUGAGUAUUGGUUCUUUAUUAUUUACUCUUUCAUUAUUUAUGGUAACAAUUGGAGAAACUAAAACUAUAAGAGUAUGGGGUUUAUUUACUUUAAUUAUUGGUUUAUAUUUAAUUUUAACUGCUGGGUCCAUAGUAUUUGAAGUUGAUAAAUUUAUUGGAAAUGAAAAAUUUUUGAAAUAUUUUGGUUUAGGAUUUCUUGGAUCUAUUUUAUUGCUGUUGGGUGCUAUGAUAUUAGGUUAUUUUUUCUUUUAG